AGAUUUAUAAAUAUUAUCAACAUUCAAGAUGGAGAAGCAAGAAUUCACUGAGGAACAGAAAGAGAUGGCUAUGGAAUACCAGAAAUAUGAUUUAGAAAGGAAAACAAUCAUGAAUAAGUUGGUCGAAAUUGGGGAGGAAAAGAGAGAACACGAACUUGUGUGAGAUACCCUCUUAGGCAUCCAAGACGAUGAUAGAAAAACAUGGAAGCUAGUAAAUGGACAUUUGAUUGAGAAAACAAAAGGAGAGAUCGUCCCAGAGUUAAAAUCGAAUAUUGAAAAUAUCAUAUUGCUCACUGGAAAGCUUAAUGAAAGAAUGCAGACCCUAUUGACUAGAAUGAGAAAGAUUGAGAGCGAUCUUGGACAACAGAUCAAGAUCCAACAUCCAGCUAAAGAGGAGACAAAGGAUGAUUCAGCUGCUAGCAAAUCUGCAGGAGGAAUUGUUUCAUAAGAUUUUAUAUUACUCUAAAUCUUCUGCGAAUA